AUGGCCCCCACAUGGGAGCCCAGCAAGCCCACCAAGGGGAAGUGCUUUAAGUUCCUAGGAAUUUUAGAUGUCAAAAACAUUCCCUGUGCAUGGGAUUUGAUAUAUGGUUCAUUAGGAUUUGUUGUGGCUGGCCUUGGACAUUUUUUGUUAACUAGUAGGAUUAGAAGAUCAUGUGAUGUUGGAGUAGGAGGAUUUAUCUUGGUGACUUUAGGAUGUUGGUUCCAUUGUAGGUAUAAUUAUGCAAAGCUAAGAAUCCAGGAAAGAACUGCCAGAGAAGGAAUUAAAAAUAAGAUAUUAUAUGAAGGUACCCAUCCUGACCCUAAAAGAAAACAAACCAAUGGCAAUGGCAGCAACUGA